AUGAUUCCUAAGGAGCUAAAACCAGGGCUCAUGGAUGACUGGGACUUGAUCACCAGACAAAAGCAGUUUUUUAAUCUUCCUGCCAAGAAGAAUGUGGAUUGCAUUUUGGAGGAUUAUGCAAAUUAUAAGAAGUCUCAUGGAGGAAAUACAGAUAAUAAGUAUGCUGUAAACGAGGUUGUGGCAUGGGUAAAUGAGUUCUUCAAUGUAAUGUUGAGCACUCAGCUACUCUACAAAUUUGAGAAACCACAGAAUGCUGGAAUUCUGGCCAGUCACCCGGAUGCACCCAUGUCCCAUGUGUAUGGAGCACCACAUUUACUGAAAUUAUUUGUGCAAAUUGGAGUGAUGUUGGCCUAUACACCUCUAGAUGAGAAAAGCCUCGCUUUAUUACUGAACUAUCUACAAUAUUUCCUCAAGUAA